UUCAUUUAGUCUCUUUGCGGCUUUGAAUUUAAAUUUUUCGAAUUUAUAUUUAUGAAGAUUUAAAACAUUUCGUUCCAUGUCUUGUUCAAAGUGAAUUGUAAGCAUUUUAGUUUGAUCGAAACCAUUAGGAUCUGAGUUGCGCGGUAAGCAAAAUAAUUGUUGAUUCUCGUUGUACUAACAGACGUGAUUGAUAAAGUUCCGGCAAAUUGUUGUACACAGGUAAGUAUACUCACAGUGUUGUUGCAAACAUGAACCCAACACUUUCAAAACAUUAUGUUAAAUUCAUACGCUCUUUCUGUACUGCGAUCAAAUUAAACCAUGUGAAACCAUUCGAAGAUAUACCUGGUCCCGUCGGACCUUUUGGACUCGGGACACUGUACAAAUACCUUCCAAUUAUAGGAUCUUAUAAAUGGAACGAGCUACAUCGAAUUGGUAAAGAGAAAUAUUGCAUUUGGGGGCCGAUCGUUCGUGAAAAAAUUGUUCCCGAUGUAACAGUAGUGUGGCUGUUUGAUCCGAACGAUAUCGCUAAAGUGCUGAACGAUUCCAGUCCAGGUGUGUAUCCGCGGAGAAAGAGUCAUUUGGCAUUGGAAAAAUAUCGAAAAGAUCGAUCGCACAUCUACAAAAGCGGUGGAUUGUUGCCAACGAAUGGUCCUGAAUGGUGGCGCAUCAGAUCGGAAUUCCAGAAAGGACUCAGUUCCCCGACUAAUGUUAGAAGUUUUUUAUCAGUUACAGACGAUAUAACUGAUGAGUUUGUGAUUAAUUUAGAAGAUACCCGAGUCAAUGACGAUGUUCCAGACUUUUUACCCACAUUGGCACGACUCAAUUUGGAACUUCUUUGUCAUCUCGUCUUCGAUGUGCGCAUGAAUAGUUUCUCCGAGUCUGAACUAGAUCCUAAAUCUCGAUCAUCGAAACUGAUUGAAGCUGCUGAAACUACGAAUAGUUUAACAUUGCCAACGGAUCAAGGACUACAGCUGUGGCGAUAUUUUGAAACGCCAAAAUACCGUAAAUUACGAAAAGCUCAGGAAUUUAUGGAGAGUGUGGCUGUUGACUUUGUAACACAGAAGUUAACAUAUUUUGACCAGACGAACGCUACCAAAGAGAAAGAUAAUCCUCGAACUCAGAACCCAUCUUUGUUGGACGACUACCUUAAAAAUCCAAAUAUUGAUUUGGCCGACAUUACCGGAAUGGCUGGUGAUAUGUUGCUGGCUGGAAUAGAUACUACGACGUACACCACAUGCUUCGUUUUGUACCACUUAGCUCAACAUCCUACAGUUCAGCAAAAAUUGUAUCAAGAAACUUGUGAUAUUCUACCGGAUAGUUCAGCAAAAUUGGAAGAGUCCAUUUUCCACAACAGGGCAUCGUACGCGAGGGCAGUUCUGAAGGAGUCUUUGCGACUGAAUCCUAUUUCGAUUGGAGUAGGAAGGAAAUUGAACAGUGAUCUAGUGCUAAGCGGUUACAGUGUUCCGCAAGGAACGGAAGUGGUAACGCAGAAUUUAGUUGCAUGUCGCUUACCACGUAAUUUCGUGAGGCCAGAAGAAUUUAGACCAGAACGAUGGCUCAAAGAAGAAAAAAGUAAAUUUAACGCUCAUGUCAAUCCGUACUUGGUUUUGCCUUUUGGACAUGGAAUGCGUGCUUGCAUUGCUCGAAGAUUAGCUGAACAGAAUAUGCUAGUUCUGAUGAUUCGGCUUGUGCGGCAGUUUGAAAUCGGCUGGGCCGGAAGAAGUGGACUAGACAUCAAAACCGAUCUCAUAAACAAACCUGACCAACCCGUUAGACUAACGUUUAAAAGAAGAUAAUGAAAAUUAUAAUUCGUUUCCAGCAAACUCUGAAUCAAUUCAUUUCUCAACAAUAAUUUAUUUACAUUCUAAAGUUUUAGAUGCUAAAUAAGUAAAUAGACAACAAGUUAAAUAAGUU